UUAGAGACAACAAAGGAGGUGGGCAACGGCAGCAUUGAUUUUAACAUGGUGGCAUGAAUUGGAUUCCGUAAAAUGAUUCCUCGUGGCAAUAAUGAAGGUAGUCUGGUUCAUGCACUUGCAAACAACUCAAGCAAAAGGUUUGUCAUUCGUGAAACAUGUCGCUCUCUAAAAUAGUGUUUCUUCUUUUUCUUUUGACAAAUGGAAGGAAUUGUGAAGAACCUCGCUGUUCUAAAUAUGAUUUUGAGGAAAAGGUGCUGGAAAAAAUGGUACGCAUAGAAUUUCAAAUGGAGAGACUGAAACUUGAGGUAGAGCAAUGUGUUAACAGGGUUGAAAAUAUCAAGACGGAAGUUAGUGAUCAGAUGAAAGCAAAUCAACAAGAGCUUGAAAAAAGCUUCGAGACCAGUAUGAAAGAAGUCAGUAAUGUCACAUCGGCAGUUAAGGCAAAGCUUCUUGAACUUCAAGAUACUGUUACACCAACUAUUGCAUUUAAGGCAAGAUUAAAGUCCAGUACUGCAGUGGUGGGAGGUCAGACCAUAGUGUUUCCAGUGUUAAUCUUCAAGGAAGGAGAUGCGUAUAACCCAAAUACCGGAAAAUUUACAGCACCGAUCAGUGGGGUGUACAUGUUUAGUUUAGCUUUCUGUGUCUAUCCAAAGAAGACAUUGACUGUUAGUAUAAUGGUUGAAGGAAAAAGAUAUUCAACGUCAUUGUUCUAUGGUGAUGAUAACUAUGGAUGUUCAUCUGCUGAUACAGUCGCCAUAGUGACCGCCGGACAGAAGGUAUGGGUCGAGGCUAUACCAGGCGGUAUUGAUACUGGUACCAUUAUAAGGCAUUAUGAUUCAUACUGUUGGAAUACAUUCUCUGGGACAUUAAUAAACAGGAGGAUUUAAUUUUGUGUUAACUUUGUUUCCGGCAAUUGUAUACCAGUAGUGAGUAGUAAGCUCUCAUAUGAUGAAUAUUAUAGGCAUACGUGCAUUUUUAAAUUGUUAGAUCUAAUCCAAAAUCAAAAAUAUUACUAGCGCAUAAAUUAUUCAGAAUUUAUUGUUAUUGUUGCAAAAGUUUGUAACACUGAUUAAUAAGAUUUAGCGAUCUUAAUGUUUAACUAUACAAGGUACAUUUCACCUUUUUGUUGCUAUUUAAUUACUUUCCUUUAGGUAUAAAAUAUAUCCAAAUUAUUGUAGUAUACAAAUCGCUGUUAUGAUGAUAAUUUGAUGACAGAUGUUUCGUAGUUUGUAUUUUCAUUUAACAUGUCUUAUACAAA